AUAAAUUCAAUAUUUCUCGCCGCCGAUCGCACGACCUGUCGAUCCCCCGAGCUCUUUGACUUUCGUAGCAAGGACCGUCGCCCAAGGCAGCCUGAAGUUCCACGACCGGACGUCUGAAAACCUUCUGUCGUUUUCCUGCGGACGAGCUGCAAGCCAGCGUACCUUUUUCCUGAAUAAGCUCACUUAAGCUCAACGGCAGAGGCGUCGCCGUCCGCAAACCAGCAUGCGGAACCAGCUUCUUUGGGCUGGGGUCGUCUCAGCAACACACGCAGCAGCGAGAACGCUGCACCCUCGCCAGGACUCUUCUUACAAUUCUAGCCUCAAUAUUGGCCCAUAUGAAUCAUCACCGCCCAAGUAUCCUUCGCCAUGGAUGGACGGCAGCGGGCAGUGGUCCAGCGCUUAUGCCCGUGCCCAAGAAUUCGUGAAGCAGAUGACUCUCCUCGAAAAGAUCAAUCUGACGACCGGAACCGGCUGGGAGAGCGGACCAUGUGUUGGAACCACCGGUUCAGUUCCUAGACUGGGCAUACCCAAUCUCUGCAUGCAGGAUUCGCCACUGGGAGUUCGACUUACCGACUACAACUCGGGAUUUCCAGCUGGUGGUACCGUCGCUGCUUCGUGGGAUCGAAAUGUCUGGUACACACGAGGCUAUGACAUGGGCAUGGAGCAUCGCGGAAAAGGCGUUGACGUACAACUUGGCCCUGUCGUUGGUCCUCUUGGUCGCGCACCUGAGGGCGGUAGGAACUGGGAAGGGUUUUCGCCUGACCCAGUGCUUUCCGGAGUAGCAGUCUCUGAAACUGUCAAGGGUAUCCAAGAUGCUGGUGUCAUUGCAUGCACAAAGCAUUAUAUCCUCAACGAACAAGAACACUUCCGUCAAAGUGGCGAAGCGCAGGGCUACGGUUUUAACAUCUCUGAGAGCAUCAGUUCGAACAUUGAUGAUAUCACGAUCCACGAGCUUUACUUGUGGCCGUUUGCAGACGCCGUUCGAGCAGGAACAGGCGCAAUUAUGUGCUCAUACAACCAGGUUAACAACAGCUACGCAUGCCAGAACUCGUACACGAUGAAUUACCUUUUGAAGGGCGAGCUCGGAUUUCAAGGUUUUGUCAUGUCAGACUGGGGUGCGCAGCACGCAGGCGUAUCAACCUCCCUUGCGGGACUGGACAUGACCAUGCCUGGCGACUCUUCCUUCAACUCUGGAGUCUCAUUCUGGGGCGCUAACAUGACACUCGCUGUGCUCAACGGUACGGUGCCGGAAUGGCGCAUCGAUGAUAUGGCAACCCGCAUCAUGGCCGCAUACUUCCUCGUUGGCCGUGACAAAUACCGAGUACCGGUCAACUUCAACUCAUGGUCACUCGACACGUACGGUUAUGAGCAUGCAUAUGCCAAAGAAGGAUACGGCUUGAUCAAUCAGCAUGUCGACGUGCGCGGCGAGCAUGGUAACGACAUCCGCGAGCAUGCGGCCAAGUCCACGAUUCUUCUCAAGAACGUGAACGGUGCACUUCCUCUCACGGGCAAGGAGAAAUUCACCGGCGUCUUCGGCGAGGACGCCGACACCAACGUUUACGGGCCGAACGGCUGCAGCGACCGUGGCUGUGACAACGGAACCCUGGCCAUGGGCUGGGGAUCUGGCACCGCAAACUUCCCAUACAUCGUCACGCCGCUCACUGCCAUCCAAAACGAAGUGCUCACUACAAGCGGCAAUGUAGUUCAGUCGGUCACCAACAACUGGGCGUACGACGAGAUCGCGGCAGUGGCACAGCAAGCCAGCGUUUCCAUCGUCUUCGUCAACUCCGAUUCAGGCGAGGGUUACAUCAGCGUGGACGGCAACGAAGGCGACCGAAACAACUUGACCGCUUGGCGCAAUGGAGAGACGUUGAUCCAGAACGUCACCGCCGUCUGCAACAACACCAUCGUUGUCGUCCACAGCGUCGGUCCCAUCUUGCUGACCAACUUUUAUGACAACCCCAACGUCACCGCCAUCGUCUGGGCUGGCCUUCCCGGUGAGCAGACGGGCAACUCCCUCACAGAUGUCCUUUACGGCCGAGUGAAUCCCGGUGGCAAGCUUCCUUUUACACUUGGGGCCAGCCGUGAGGAUUAUGGGACCGACGUCAUGUACGAGCCGAACAAUGGCAACAAUGCGCCGCAGCUGGAUUUCUCAGAGGGCGUCUUCAUCGACUACCGUCACUUCGACAAGAACAACAUCAAUCCCAUCUACGAGUUCGGUUACGGAAUGAGCUACACAACGUUCAGCUAUUCAGGCCUCCAGGUCCAGAGCCACGCCGUCAGCGCGUAUCAGCCGACGACCGGCACGACGGCGCCGGCACCCGUUCUCGGGACGUACAGCAACGACACGGCGGACUACCAAUACCCGAGCGGCUUCCAGCCCGUCUCCAACUACAUAUACCCGUAUCUCAACGGCACGGAUCCCAAGACCGCUGCGGGCUCUACCGACUACGGGCUCCCUUCGGAUCAAUGGCUUCCGUCCAACGCGACAGACGGCUCCGCUCAGCUCAAAGUGCCUGCCGGCGGCGCACCAGGCGGCAACCCGCAGCUGUACGACGUCCUCUUCACCGUCACCGCAACCAUCACAAAUACUGGAUCCGUGGCUGGCGACGAGGUGGUGCAGCUCUACGUCUCGCGCGGCGGUCCCAAUGACCCUGUCAGGGACCUUCGUGGCUUUGACAGGCUGACUAUCGCUCCUGGUGCCUCCGCCACCUUUACGGCCAAUCUGACGAGGAAAGACCUGAGCAACUGGGAUCCUGCAAGCCAGAAUUGGGUCAUCACUUCGUACCCCAAGACCGUCUAUGUGGGGGCCAGUUCGAGGAACCUUGCGCUCAAUGCCACUCUGGAUUUGUCCAACGUGGGCGGCAGCUAAAGUCAGCGACAAGAGGCAGACGUGGAAAAGAAUGAAGCGUGUUGUGGAACAGGCGGGUUCCCCGACGACCGUACAUCGUUAAUUCUAUGCUGAAGCGCGUCGCGUACGCGCUGGUAUUUUGUACAUAGCAUGAUUAGAAUCAGCCUCAUUCCUUGGUCGAGGGAUCCUAUAAUGAUUAAUGAAGAACGCGAAUAAAAAGAUACGAGUAUAGCAAGCGCGUAGGACAUUGGAAC